GCUCUCUUUCUCUGCCUCCCCUCUGUCCUGGCGGAAACGCAAGCCCUGGAAGAGAGGUUCCGGACUGGGCCUGGGCUGGCGGCGGCAGAAUGGAGACCCGGGCCGAGGACGCGGGAUUGACCCGCCGCCCGAUGCUGGCCUCUUCCUGGGAUGCGGCCCGCGGAGUCCUGGCCCACAGCCUCCGUCUCACCCGGGCUGACCUCGGCGCCCGGGACUUGGACUGGGAGGAACCGCUGACGCCGCCUGCCGCGGGCCACGACCUGGUGGUUUUGAAGAGCGGCCCGAGCAGCCCGGGGGAGAAGCCCUGCUUCCUUCACCUGAGCUGCGAGCCCGGCGGGGCUGAGGAGAUCGUGUCUGUCGGCCUUCUGAGUUCGGCCAGGAACAUGGAGGUGUACCUGGGAGAGGAGUACUGCGGCACCAGCCGGGGCGAGGCCGUGUGCGGCGACCCGGCUGGCAGGUCUAAAAUUAUUUUCUACAAAAAGUACUUACAAUUGGAGUCUUCCAGUCGUGCUUGUAAAAUAAAGUUGCUCUCCUUUGGUGAAGAGCAGCGUGUGUUCAUCGGUAAAAUUGUGGUACAGUUGAGGCGGGUUUCAGCAAAUUCUUCAACAAGCUCUCCUGCUCUAGGAUCAAGGAUAGACCUGCAGAGGGUCCAAACUCUCAUGGAGGCCAUGGGGUCCAAGUUGUCACCUGGUGCUCAGCAGUUGAUGAAUAUGGUUAAAUUUCAGCAGCAGAACUGUGUUCCCGUGGGAGAGCAGCUUCAGGCGGUUUUGGGAAAUACUGGCUACAGACGAGUGGCGGACCUGCAGUCCUCAGCUGCUUCGGGAGCCUCCGACAAGUCCCCCUCCACGCCUUUCCCUUUCAGAACCGGCCUGACGUCUGGAACCCUGACGGAAGACUUAAACGCUUGCGUCGAUAAAAGUCCACAGCCACCGGGUGGAGGAAACACUACACACCUCAGAGACUAUCACGUGGUGCCGCCAAACCAUUCUCUUCUUGAGAAUGACCUCAGAAAUGCAGUUUCUUCUCUCCUGCCGAAGAAAGCAAGUGACGCCUCAAAUAUACCUAACUCUGAGUUGCUGCCUUUUCUCCAGAAUUUAUGUAGUCAGGUUAACCAUCUCCGCGUGGGACAUAGCGCCAGGUGGCAGGAAGGCAUCACUAAGGCCGGGGAAGGCGUCGUUGGCGUUGCGACGGAAGAGCAACCUGUGUGCUCCUACUUGGAAAAGAUUCUUACUAAAAAUAUGGAACUGCUGGAAAAGAAGCUUGUGGACUCCAUCGAUCAGCAAAUACGUCGACUCCAGGAGCACGUGGACAGGAAGAUGGCUGUGUUGAUGGACCUGCUGCAGAAUCCCCCCUCCCCACCCCCCGGGACGGCGCUGACACAGUGUGACUCUGGGGAAAGACUUUCCAAUGGAGAGAGAUAAGUGCUCAACCCGUAGGACGUGCUACAGAUAUUUAUUACGUAUUUAUGGCAAAGCCUAAACCCCACAGUUCAAGGCAAGGAUUUAGUGUCAUUUGGGGGCAUCAUCUUACGCACAUCAAGCGACCUCAGUGUUCAUUUUAAUGUACUUGUUACUGUCUGUCCAGGGCUGUGCACGAGGAUUAACCUGAUCGGGUCAUCCGUUAUUUUUGUUCGCAAUAUUGUUUACUCUUAUUUUUUACUUGUAUUUAUUUUUAUUUUUGUUUAGUGCUUAAACUUAAGGAUUUCUAAUUUAAUUCAUGAGUCUAUAUUGUAUAUGUGUUUACCAUUUUAAUUUAUACAAAGGGAUAAUGUUUUAGGGGUGUGAAAAAAAUACAGUAUUUGGUUUCUUUUUCUCUUUCUUAUUGAUUGUUCUUGGGAACCCUAGAUAGAGUACUUGAGCGUUGUAACCUUUUAAUUUCCAGUCACCAAAUUACGUUUUAUGUUGUUUAUUUCCGAUAAAAAAUUAGAUGUGGUAUUUCUGUAACAGUAUACUUAACAUUUUAUAUGUAUCAGAAAUUUAGAGGUACUGAUUUUCUUAUAUUUAUAAACUGCUGUGC